CGAGCCGGUUCACCCCGGGACGGCGACGCUUUGUCACCGGUCAGUGAUAACAUCUGUCCACAGCGGCGAUCGUCUCUCCUCAUCAUUAUCUGUCUAGUUGUUACAUUUCGUGUGCAGUCAGUCGGUUAUCUUUGCGACUUUUGCCCUCUUUGUCCCGCAGUGGAGCACUGUUGCCCACUGUUUCUCAUGCUAGCUAGUUAGCCUGUUAGCUAAUUAGCUGUUAUAAAGCAGCGUCGCUCACUUCGAGGCUAAAAACCAACUGGAGUGGACGGACAACAGCGGGAUGUGCAAUGGCAUCGGUUCGGGUGGCUGUCCGGGUCAGGCCCAUGAACAGGCGGGAGAAGGACUUGACUGCAAAAUGCAUCAUCAAGAUGGAAGGGACCAAAACCUCCAUCACCAACCUGAAGCUUGCAGAUGGUGUCGCAGGUGAUUCGAUGAGGGAUCGAACCAAAACCUUUACGUACGACUUCUCCUACGACUCCAUGGACUGUAAGAGCUCCAUGUAUGUCUCCCAGGAAAAGGUUUUCAGAGAUUUGGGCUCAGACGUACUGAAGGCGGCGUUCGAGGGCUAUAACGCCUGCGUCUUCGCCUAUGGUCAGACCGGCUCGGGGAAGUCCUACACCAUGAUGGGAAAUCCAGGAGAUGCAGGUCUGAUCCCAAGGUUCUGUGAAGGUUUGUUCAGCCGAAUCUCUGAGGCGACUCGAUGGGAUGAAGCUUCGUUUCGUACAGAAGUCAGCUACCUGGAAAUCUACAACGAGAGGGUGAGGGACCUACUGAGGAGGAAAUCUACUCAGACCUACAACCUGAGAGUCAGGGAGCACCCAAAAGAUGGGCCGUAUGUAGAAGAUCUGUCCAAACACCUGGUGCAGAACUACAGUGACGUGGAGGAGCUGAUGGAGGCUGGAAACAUCAACCGCACCACCGCCAGCACCGGCAUGAAUGACGUCAGCAGCCGCUCGCACGCCAUCUUCACCAUCAACUUCACUCAGGCUAAGUUCGAUGCAGAGAUGCCCAGCGAGACAGUCAGUAAGAUCCACCUGGUCGAUCUUGCUGGCAGCGAGCGAGCCGACGCCACCGGAGCGACAGGUGUCCGGCUGAAAGAAGGAGGAAACAUCAACAAGUCACUGGUCACCCUGGGCAACGUCAUCUCUUCUCUGGCUGACAUGUCACAGGAGGGCGUGAACACCAACCUGAAGAAGAAGUCAGUGUUUGUUCCCUAUAGAGAUUCAGUGCUAACAUGGCUGCUGAAAGACAGCCUGGGAGGCAACUCCAAGACCAUCAUGAUUGCCACCAUUUCCCCCGCUGAUGUGAACUACGGCGAGACGCUCAGCACUCUGCGAUACGCUAACCGAGCCAAGAACAUCAUCAACAAGCCCACCAUCAACGAGGACGGCAACGUCCGGCUGAUCAGAGAACUGCGGGCAGAAAUCGCCCGGCUGAAAGCUCUGCUGGUUCAGGGCAACCAGAUUGCUCUCCUGGAUUCGCCCACUGCUCUGAGUAUGGAGGAGAAACUGCACCAGAAUGAAGCCAGAGUCCUGGAGCUGACUAAAGAGUGGACCAACAAAUGGAAUGAGACACAGAAUAUUCUCAAGGAGGAAACUCUUGCUCUGAGGAAAGAGGGCAUCGGGGUGGUGUUGGACUCUGAGCUGCCUCAUCUCAUCGGCAUCGACGACGACCUCCUCAGCACCGGCAUCAUCCUGUACCAUUUAAAGGAGGGACGGACAUACGUUGGCAGAGAGGACGCGUCCACAGAGCAGGACAUCAUCCUGCACGGUCUGGACUUGGAGAGUGAACACUGUAUGUUUGAGAACCAGAAUGGCAAAGUGACUCUGGUGCCUCUCAGCGGAGCUCAAUGUUCAGUUAAUGGAGUUCAGGUGACAGAGCCGUCGCAGCUCAACCAAGGUGCUGUUAUUCUGCUCGGAAGGACCAACAUGUUUCGGUUCAACCAUCCAAAGGAGGCGGCCAGGCUGAGGGAGAAACGAAAGAGCGGCCUACUCUCUACAUUCAGCCUCUCUAUGACAGAUCUGUCCAAAUCCUGUGAAAACCUGUCCACUGUGAUGCUCUAUAACCCUGGUCUCUUCACUGAAAAGGGCCCCGUCUUCCUCAGGUUGGAGUUUGAGAGACAGCAGCGAGAAGAGCUGGAGAAACUGGAGCUGAAAAGAAGACUGAUCAAAGAGAUGGAGGCAAAGCACCAGAGUGAGAAGGCAGAGUUGGAGCGCCUGCAGCAGGAGGUGGAGAGUCAGCGUAAGGAAUCUGAGGAGGUGCAACAGCGGAUCCUCCGCCAGGAGGAGAGCCUGCGCUGUCGCAGCCAGGACAUCGAGAGCCGCCUGCGAGACUUCCUGGCAGAGAAGGAGCGCUUCGAGGAGGAGAGACGCUCAGAGAUCCAGGCGGCGAACCUCCAGCAGCAGGAGGGUGAAGCAGGGGAGGAGCAGCGGCGGCAGCAGGAGGUUGCAGAGCAAACUGAGAUCUACCGUGAGCUGGAGAAGCUGAAGAGGGAGCGGGAGGAGCAGAAGGUUCGUCUGGAGACUGAGCGACGGCGCCUGGAGGAGCAGGAGCGGGAGCAGCUGAGCCUGGUGGGGAGGCUGGAGGAGCAGCUGAGAGAGAAACACGAGGCAGCCGUCUCCCUGCUGACCCGGGAGGACGCCCGCCGCCUGGAGGAGGAACGUCGAGCUCUGGCUGAGAUCAGAGAAGCACUCCUUCGUGCCAAAGAAGCUGGAGAGAGGUCAGAUGUGGAGGAUGCCAGUGAGGAGGCGAGAUCUGCCCAGGCACGAUACACUGACUUCAAGGAGGCACAGGUGAAGGAACUUUGCCAGCUGGAGGAGGGGCUCCAGCAGCAGAGGGAGCGCCUGGAGAAAGAGGUCGCUGCUGAGCAUAAUACACUGCUGCUCCUCGGCCGCGGCCUCAAAGAACGACAACAACAGCUGAAAGAGGAGCAGGAGAAGGGAGCGCAGGAAGCUACAGCUAUCAGCCAGGAGGAGCACCUGGUCAAACAGGCAGAGCACAGGCUGCAGUUCAAGGAGCGGCAGCUGGCCAGUGUGGCCGAUGGCCUCCUCCCUGCGCUGGCCGAGGAGAAGCAGAGAGCCAUGGAGAUGCUGGAGCGCAGCGGCGGAGGCAGUAAUGGGAACUGCGACAGCCCACCAGGGCUCGACAAUACACUGUACCAAGUGGAGAAGGAGCUGGAGGACAAAGAGGAGAAACUGAACUUCCACUGGCACAGUGCUCAGCAGCUCCAGCAGCUCCAGGAGACCUACGAGUUCACGGCCAACGUGGCGCGGCAGGAGGAGAAGGUGAGGAGGAAGGAGAAGGAGAUCCUGGAGUCAAAGGAGAAGCAGCAGAGGGAGGCAAUGGAGCAGGCGGUGGCCCGGCUGGAGAGGAGGCACUCGGCCCUGAGGCGCAGCACCUCCCUGGAGCCCGACACCGAGGAGCAGAGACACAAGAGCUCAGUCUUCAGGAACCUGAGGACGGGGGCCGAUCUGAACCAGCAGAGAGUGGAGAGAGAGAUCCAGAAGCUGAGACAGAGGAUCAGUGAAGGAGAGGAAAACAACAGGACUCACUCCAUCAGCAAUGAUGAGAAGACGAGUCACAACAGCCCCCCCGUCAGCCACAUCCAGAGUCUGAACACACUGCUGCCGCUGUCAGACGACAGGAUAAACGCGUACAUUGAAGAGGAAGUCCAGAGGAGGUUACGCAAGAUGAAUCUUCUUAAUGGCAGCAGCAGCAACAUGGACCUGUCUCUGUCCUGUGAAUCACUCAGGGAGGAGGAAGAAGUUAGCGACUGUAGCUCUGUUAGAUUAACAGAUGAGGAUGAUGAAAAGCAGCAAAACAUUAAUCCAAGGAGGCUUAAAUAUGAGCACCUGGUCUGUCGUCCUCUUGGGAUGAGCUCUGACGGCCUCCAGGAGCCCGUUAAAAUUAGCAUUCCUCGUUAUGUUCUCCGCGGGCAGGGGAAGGACGAGCACUUUGAGUUCGAGGUGAAGAUCACUGUGAUGGACGACGUGUGGACAGUGUUCAGACGUUAUAGUCGCUUCCGGGAAAUGCACAAGAGCCUUAAAUUAAAAUACCCAGAGCUGGCAGCUCUUGAGUUCCCUCCAAAAAAACUGUUCGGAAACAGAGAUGAGCGGAUGGUUGCUGAGCGCCGGAAUCACUUGGAGCGUUAUCUGAGGAACUUGUUCCGCGUGAUGCUGUCAUCCACCGGCUCUCCUCUCAGAGCGGACGCAGACGGCGGUUUCCGUCUCACCAAACACGCCAUCUGUGAGUUCUCGCCGUUCUUCAAGAAGGGCGUCUUCGAGUACAGCAGCCACGGCACUGGCUGACUUUACCGUGAAGCCUCAGGGCCGGUGAUUUGUCUGCUGAAAGUUUCUCCAAACCAAAACAAAAAAAAACUGCUCGGUGCCUUUUCUCUGGGCCGCAGAGAAUCGCCUCAGAGGUCAAAGAAGGAAAAACUUGCAGGUCAGUUUCCUCUCCAACCUCCCAUCAUCCUGUCAGAUGAUCUGGAACCUGUUAGGUGCUGUUCAGCUCUGAGUCCACGUGGAAACUCUGUCAUGAAUGUUGAAGUAGAGAAUUCAGCGCUCUGUUUAAAGAGUUUCAUUUCUACAUAUACAUCCAGAGACGAGUAGAGCAAGUUUUCAUCGUCUAUGAUGAUACAACUUUUUACGAUCUUCAGUCACUGAACAUUUGUUGAGUUUUUUUAGUCGAUGAUGGAAACAAACACUUUAUUUAACACAGUGUAGCAAUAAAUAGCUAUAUAUUAAAUAUAUUCACAUGCAGCUGUGAUAUUAAUGGCAACUGAAAGUCUGAAAGUAGAACAGAACAUUACCACAGUCGAGGUUAGGAGUUCAACGAGGGCGUUUGAUCUCCUGCUGAAACAAUUGGUUUGUUACUGAAAUCCUCCAUCAGCAAAAAAUUAAAAAUAACGGCAAACAUUCACUUUCAGCUUCAGAAUAUCUUCAGCAACAGAAUAUCUUUGGACGGUCUGACAAAACAAAGCUCUGGGAAAUAUUGCGGGCAUUUUUCACAGAUUUCUCAUGUUUUAUAAACCAAACAAUUGAUUAAAAACAAGAGGUUUGCUAACGGCAGUGGUCAUUAAUGGCAGCCAUAGUUCAAUCACAAGAUGAAUUUUCAUUUCCUGUCAUAAAGACUGGCAAGAGAGCGGGUUCGUUUUGGAUUAACAGCACUACAGAGCAGUUUGUGUUCAGGUAACGUCACAUUAGCCUUUUGUUAAUUAAAACUGCUUCACACCAGAAAAAGGAUGUGAUGUCACAGUUCUGAUGCAGGUAUAAGCAAUCAUUGAACACAAAGUGUAACAGUCUCUGAGAAACUCAAGCUUGAAACUGUCUGAUCUGAAUGGGAUUGAAUAUUCGUACAGUGGAGAUGUAACGUGACGUACAUGUGAAGCUUAAAUCCAAAUGAGUUUGGUGGUCAGACUAAAGCUCUGUAGUUAGAGAAGAGCAGACACAAGUCAAAACACGCCAAAACAACUGACUGUGGAAGUAAAGCUGAAACACACCUGAACAGUGUGAGCAGCUGCAGGUGAGGCUCUCCUGCUGUGGUUUAUCGUGGUCUCACCUGCUCAGUCACAGCAGUUUACAGGGCACGUUCCUCAAGUCAGUUUUAGAACAACAGUCAGAACCCAGAUUGAGAAUAGGUUUAGCUUUCUGGGAUCAUUCCUUUGUUGGAUGUUAAAAGAUCUGAAUGAGCUUCAAGUGGAAGUGAUAGAGGACAACAUCCAAAGUCCUUGUUAUGUGCAACAAUACAGUCAAAGGUUUAUCUGGAGCUGAUGUGAGACCAUCCUGUGGCUCAAAGGGGAAACACUGUCAGCAGAAACAAUUUCAUUUCACUUCAGCUACAGAGACACUUUAGAACACAUUUCUGCACAAAAUGAGGACUUUGGCUUUUGUCCUCCAUCACUUGCACUGAAAGUUCCUAGUAUGAAUAAUGACUACAGCAAAGUGAACCUGCCCUGAAAGUUAACCACCAGUGCUGUGUGUUGACUCAAAGCUGGCAGAACAACAACAUUUGGAAGCUCUGUCACUCAUGUACAACUUUGAGUCACAAACUUAAUGAUACAACUCCAAACCAGCAAUUGCUAGAAUAAGUUUGUUUCCAGUCAGCACCCCUCUGUGCUCUAAUAAUUGAUUUAGCAUAUUCAUUGCAGGCGUAUUUGCUUUUAAACAAAAGUGUGAUCAUUAAAGUGACAAUAGAAGGAAGUUUGGGGUUUUAACAUUUUUCAGGGCAUCAGGAAUCAUUGAGUUGCUGGACAGUUGAAGCUACAGGCAAACAGUCCGCAAGCCUGUCAAAGAAAAGAUCAGAGCUCAGAGAUGCAGCCUCAGAAGGUGAUGGUGUUCGUUUUAUUCACUGCAUCAGCACUAAUUCAUCUUUCAUAGGUUAAAAGGGCCGAUCUAGUACGUUUCCCACGUAGUACAAUUAUGCAGAGACAAACACUCAUUCAGAGGAACAUUUUGUACCUCCAGCAGCUCAGAGCUGAUUUUAUUUUUAUUUUCCAAUGGGUCAGUGACACACUGAGUAAAUCCGCUUGAAGUCUUCCAGCAUCUCACUGCUGUGUUUGCAGCUGAACAGGAAGGUUUGGAUUCCACAGCAUUCGAGUUUCAUUUGAAUUUGCCUGAUUAUGACUACAUGAACCACUGACUGCUUUUUUCAUAAGCCAUAAUGCGUGUAUAUAGAAUGUAAAUGUUAAUGUGCAUAGUUUUUCUAUACAGUAUGCUUGUAUGCAAUGUAAACUAUUGACAUUGAAUGUCAGUUAAAGGAAUGUACCACAACAUUCAGACUGUUGACUGUUUUUUUCCCAGGUGAAGAAUAACUGUUGCCAACGGAACAGUUUGACAUUUUGGGAAAUGUGGUUAUUGUUGGAUGAGAGGCUCAAUACCGCUCUCAUGUCUGUACAGUUAAUAUGAAGCUACAGCUAG